AGGACAGAAUCUGUCUCUGUCUGUUUCACAGAAAAAUGGCCGAUUGUAAGGAUAGUAACGAAAAAACGAAUGGACCUGAACCAGUAAUCAAUAUGAAAUACGACACUCCAGAGGAAUCGAGUGAAAAUUCCGCUAAUGAAGAAGUUGAAAGUCAGUCAACUGAUAAUGAUUCAGAAGCCCCUCUACCAUCUCGGAAUCAAAUAUCUAAUAAAAGACUGAUAAAGGGUAACAUACUGGCUUCGUCAAAAUUGGGAAGUUCAUUUGCAUCAUGUGACUAUGUUAAAGCCAAAUCUUCACUAUUAAGACCAUCGCAAUUAAAUUCCGUGGCUAAUAAUCCAGGACCAUCGACAAAACUUGUCCUACAACCGGCUAAAUUUCAUAAUCCAUUCGCAAAAUUAACAAAUGAUAAUGUAAUAGAAGGAGAAACGGAAACACCAACGGAGAAUAAUGCAUGUAAUGAGAAGAAUGAAUCAAAAGAGAAGCAAUUAAUGGACGUGAAACCAACAUUUUUACCUCUCGGUGCAAGUUCAAAGGAAAAUGAGAAUAGUUUAAAUAAUACAGUAGCACCAAGUUCUUCGGCACCUAGCUUUGUAUUUGGACAGAAUAUAAAAGAACGCGUAACAGUUGUGACCGAUGGCGAAACAUCCGAUCAAUCGGCAAACGAAGAAAUGAAGGAGGAAACUAAUGAAAAUGGCUCUUCGGAAUUAUUAUUUUCAAAUGUGACUGCAGUCACGCGAAGUACAAGUCGUCCUGGUUUGACAUUAACUCAAGCUGCACAGGAAUUAGAGGAGGCAACAAGAGCGAAUAAACGAAAAUAUAAUGAAGUUGCAUUGCUCACUGGAGAGGAAGGCGAGACAAAUGUCUUACAGAUCAAUUGCAAGCUCUUCGCGUUUGACAAGGUGAGUAGUAGUUAUAAGGAGAGAGGGAGAGGGACAUUACGAUUAAACGAUCGAGAUGAUGAAUCUCGUUUAGUUAGUCGCACGGCUGGUACGCAGCGAUUAAUUCUCAAUACAAAAAUAUGGCCCGGCAUGACUGCUGAGCGAGCUGGUCCAAAAUCAUUGAGGCUAACUGCAAUGGACAUUCAUGGUGAUCUUCGAAUUUUCAUUGUUCAAGCAUCGCCGAAAGAAAUUGAUUUACUUGAGGAUCAUUUAACGCAACGAUUAAAACGUGCCAAGGAACGUCAACCGAAACGACAGGCAACUAAUCAGUGACAAUUGUUCGACAUUCAUUGUGAAAUAAGAAAUUUAAAAAAAAAAUCAUGUACACUUCUAUACUUGCAAAAACAGAAAGCUCCGUGAAUUGGACGCAUUUAUGCGUAAAUAAGCUCAUCUCUGACACCCUCCAAAAAAAAGGCUUUAUUUACAUUAUUAGAGAAACAUCUUUUUUUCCAAACAGGUACAUAUUUUCCUUUUUUUUAAAAAAUAAUUUUUAUACAAUUUUUUUUCUCUCAAAUUUUUCUCUCAACAGAGAGAAACAAUAGAGAAAGUUAUUUUUUUUACAUAAGAGAAUCGGAGGGCUCGUAAAUUUUUUUGUUUUUUUUUCUGUGAAAUAGGAAUAAUUUGAAUUGUAGCAUAAUAUUAUAUAAAUUAUAAAAAUAGCUUGUAUGAAAACAUUUAUUGUAUUUGUAAAAUUUUUCCGAUGGCUAGAAUUUUUUUUUUUUUUUUAAUUAAAAAUAUGAGUUAUAAAUAUAUCUUUAUAUUGUAUAAUGAUAUCUCGCAUUAUCUACGAAAAUACAGAGAAUUCGGAGAAUUGACAAAUUUUCAAAAUGAAAUGAAGAAAAGAAAUGCAACUCUUAGACUUAGCUUUUCAAAUAGAAUUUUUUUCGAAUCUUUCUCAUUCAAAUUUUAUUAUAUAGUCAACCAGUUAUUAUUUAAUUACAAAAGUUUGAGCAUGAUUUACAAAAAUUAAUUGUUUCAUAAAUCGACUUUUAGGAAAAAAAAAAUUCUUGAUUUACAUUAAUUCUGGAAAAAUUAGAAAAUUUUGAAAAUACAAAAAAUCUUUGAAUUUGUUAGAAAAAAAAAUGCAAAAUUUGGACAUAAGGAAACUUGUUUGUAACCGUUUUCGAGCAAUUUAUAAAAAUUAAUUAUCUGACUGUAAAUACAGUGGAAAUAUCAUUA